CGGGCCGCGUGUGCGCGGGGCUGAGCGCGGCGCCGUGACAGCGGGGUGAACUCGGCCGUGCCCAGCGGCUCGGCCGCGAUAGGGGAGCGGGCUCUUGACGAAAGCGGAACUCGGCCGGGCCCAUACAAAUCAGAAAAGAGCCCGGCCACCGCGGCAGAGGGGAGCGGAGCCCGCGGGGGCAGGGACGCCGCGGCCGCCGCGCUGCACGGACCAGCGGCGCCGCGAGAGGCGCCUCCCCAUCUCCGUCCCGGUCCCGGCUCCGGCCUCGAUCUCGGCGAGCGCGGGGCGGGACGGCCGCCGGCGCCGGGCUCCGCGCACCGGGCAGCGCUCGGCACCGCGCGGCGCUGCGCUGGCCGCCCCGGGCGGCGGACGCGGGGCACCAUGAUGAGCAAUUACCCGGACGGCGAGGAAGACACAGUGGCGCUACUGGCUCAUGACACCAGCGGCAGCAAGGAGCCGGAGCGAGUCAAGGAGGAGCUGAGCACGGACAAGGGCCCCGAGAAGCCGGACCCCUCGCAGAAGCCCCCCUACUCCUACGUGGCCCUAAUCGCCAUGGCCAUCCGGGAGAGCGCUGAGAAGAGGCUCACGCUGUCUGGAAUCUACCAGUACAUCAUCAGCAAGUUCCCUUUCUACGAGAAGAACAAGAAGGGCUGGCAGAACAGCAUCCGCCACAACCUCAGCCUCAACGAGUGCUUCAUCAAGGUGCCCCGGGAGGGCGGCGGCGAGCGCAAGGGCAACUACUGGACCCUGGACCCCGCCUGCGAGGACAUGUUCGAGAAAGGCAACUACCGCAGGAGACGAAGGAUGAAACGGCCUUUCCGGCCGCCUCCGACCCACUUCCAGCCUGGCAAGACCCUCUUCAGCCCAGACAGCUAUGGCUACCUGUCCCCGCCCAAGUACUUGCAGUCUACCUUCAUGAACAACUCGUGGCCGCUGGCGCAGCCCCCCGCGCCCAUGCCCUACACCUCCUGCCAGAUGUCUGGCGGGAACGUCAGCCCCGUCAAUGUGAAAGGACUCUCGGGCCCGGCGUCCUACAGCCCCUACUCGCGGGUGCAGAGCAUGGCGCUGCCCAGCAUGGUGAACUCCUACAACGGCAUGGGCCACCACCACCACCACCCGCACGCCCACCACCCGCAGCAGCUCAGCCCGGCCAGCCCCGCGCCGCCGGCGGCCCCGGCGGCGAACGGAGCCGGCCUCCAGUUUGCCUGCGCCCGUCAGCCCACCGAGCUGUCCAUGAUGCACUGUUCCUACUGGGAGCACGACAGCAAACACAGCGCCCUACACUCCCGCAUAGACAUCUAGGGAGGCUCCGGCCGGCCGCCGUCACAGAAAUGCACCGGCCCCUCUGCCCCUCUCCCAUCCCGCGGCGUUCCCCUGUGCUCUCGUGUCUCUUCUCGUCCCUUAGCUGCAGACUUUCCUCUCUCUCUGCCCAAACUGUCGCAGUGGGUAAAUAGCAGCCUCGCCCCGGGUGUAGUGUCAGUGCAGGAGCCGUCCGGCCAGGAGAAGAAGGCAGUGUAAAUGUGGGAGCUUCCCCGCGGGGCUGCGCCGAACGUCGGCGGCCGGGCCGCCUGUCUCCGAGCGAGUGGGGAUUCACCGAGUGUUUCCCUGCUUGUGCGUGUGUGUGUGUGUGUGUUUGUUUGUGGGUUGUUAGUUUUGGUUUGGUUUUGGUUUGUUUGGGGUUGGUUUUUUUUUUGGGGGGAGGGGGGGCAGGGGAGCAUGUAAUUAAAAAAUAAGCUGUUUAGCCCUCAAAAUUAUGCUCCUUUGCAAUUCGGCCGUAAUCUUUUCGGGCCCGGCCUUGGGGAGAGUAAAGUGGAGCUUGUAAAUAGCGGAGGCAUUUUCACGCGUGCGGUGCAGGGCUGGCGGGGCCUAUACACAACUGUGUGCCCGCGGUGCUCGUCCUCCUCCUUCUCUUCGCGUUUUCUGUCUUCUUCCUCGCUCUGCAAAGCACUGCGCUUCUUCCGAGCUGUGCCUUUUCGUUAAAAUAGUACUUAACGUGGGGACUGCUGUAACAGCAGAUGUGCGAUAUUGCUGGUUAACACAAACCAAAAAACAAAACCUGCCAGGGUCACUCCUGAAACGUUUCAGCAGUGGGAAAUAUAUUUUUUAAAGGAGACAAUGUCCUCUGAGGUCUUAAAAGUAAUUUUAUACAAGUCUAAAAAAAUAUUUUGAUGCUAUUAAAAAAAAAAAGAGACGGUUUCCUGUAAAUUAGAAUAUUUUUCAGUGUGCAUAUUAUUAUUAAUAAUGAAAGUUUAAACUAUCUUCGUUUUUUCCCCCAAACCUGGCCCCAAAUGGAUUUUCCAGUAGGUUCUGCUUUUGAGUGCUUGACCUUUUUCUUAAAAAAUUUUGAUCCUUCAAUUUUACAUAGGGUAAUGUGAAAAAAAUAGCGUUUAUAAAACAGGGGCCAGUUCAUAGCGAUCCUGUAAAUGUUUGUGUAAGCUGAUAGAUACUGUGGCAUAGUACCAUUUUGGGACCAACUUUUCUAGAGUGAACUAGCACUUUUAUUGUACUUUCUAGCAUUGUAAAGUCUCCAAUAAAAUGCCUUUCCUUCUUUCCA